AUGGUUUGCCUCUAUAAUGGCCUGGCCACCCCUGCCAGACCACAGCCAGAGCCCACAGUAACCAACAGUAAACCAGAGCCCUCAGUAACCAACAGUAAACCAGAGCCCACAGUAACCAACAGUAAGCCAGAGCCCUCAGUAACCAACAGUAAACCAGAGCCCACAGUAACCAACAGUAAGCCAGAGCGCUCAGUAACCAACAGUAAACCAGAGCCCUCAGUAACCAACGGUAAGCCAGAGCCAUCAGUAACCAACGGUAAGCUAGAGCCCUCAGUAACCAACAGUAAACCAGAGCCCUCAGUAACCAAGAGUAAACCAGAGCCCUCAGUAACCAACAGUAAACCAGAGCCCUCAGUAACCAACAGUAAACCAGAGCCCUCAGUAACCAACGGUAAGCCAGAGCCCUCAGUAACCAACGGUAAGCUAGAGCCCUCAGUAACCAACAGUAAACCAGAGCCCUCAGUAACCAACGGUAAGCCAGAGCCCUCAGUAACCAACAGUAAGCCAGAGCCCUCAGUAACCAACAGUAAACCAGAGCCCUCAGUAACCAACAGUAAGCCAGAGCCCUCAGUAACCAACAGUAAACCAGAGCCCUCAGUAACCAACGUUAAGCUAGAGCCCUCAGUAACCAACAGUAAGCCAGAGCCCUCAGUAACAAAGAGUAAACCAGAGCCCUCAGUAACCAACAGUAAACCAGAGCCCUCAGUAACCAACAGUAAACCAGAGCCCUCAGUAACCAACAGUAAACCAGAGCCCUCAGUAACCAACAGUAAACCAGAGCCCUCAGUAACCAACAGUAAACCAGAGCCCUCAGUAACCAACAGUAAACCAGAGCCCUCAGUAACCAACAGUAAACCAGAGCCCUCAGUAACAAAGAGUAAACCAGAGCCCUCAGUAACCAACAGUAAACCAGAGCCCUCAGUAACCAACAGUAAACCAGAGCCCUCAGUAACCAACAGUAAGCCAGAGCCCUCAGUAACUAACAGUAAGCCAGAGCCCUCAGUAACCAACAGUAAACCAGAGCCCUCAGUAACCAACAGUAAACCAGAGCCCUCAGUAACCAACAGUAAACCAGAGCCCUCAGUAACAAAGAGUAAACCAGAGCCCUCAGUAACCAACAGUAAACCAGAGCCCUCAGUAACCAACAGUAAACCAGAGCCCUCAGUAACCAACAGUAAGCCAGAGCCCUCAGUAACUAACAGUAAGCCAGAGCCCUCAGUAACCAACAGUAAACCAGAGCCCUCAGUAACCAACAGUAAACCAGAGCCCUCAGUAACCAACAGUAAACCAGAGCCCUCAGUAACCAACAGUAAGCCAGAGCCCUCAUUAACUAACAGUAAGCCAGAGCCCUCAGUAACCAACAGUAAACCAGAGCCCUCAGUAACCAACAGUAAGCCAGAGCCCUCAGUAACCAACAGUAAGCUAGAGCCCUCAGUAACCAACAGAAAGCCAGAGCACUCAGUAACCAACAGUAAGCAAGAGCCCUCAGUAACCAACAGUAAGCCAGAGCCCUCAGUAACUAACAGUAAACCAGAGCCCUCAGUAACCAACAGUAAGCCAGAGCCCUCAGUAACAAAGAGUAAACCAGAGCCCUCAGUAACCAACAGUAAACCAGAGCCCUCAGUAACCAACAGUAAACCAGAGCCCUCAGUAACCAACAGUAAACCAGAGCCCUCAGUAACCAACAGUAAACCAGAGCCCUCAGUAACCAACAGUAAACCAGAGCCCUCAGUAACCAACAGUAAACCAGAGCCCUCAGUAACCAACAGUAAACCAGAGCCCUCAGUAACAAAGAGUAAACCAGAGCACUCAGUAACCAACAGUAAACCAGAGCCCUCAGUAACCAACAGUAAACCAGAGCCCUCAGUAACCAACAGUAAGCCAGAGCCCUCAGUAACUAACAGUAAGCCAGAGCCCUCAGUAACCAACAGUAAACCAGAGCCCUCAGUAACCAACAGUAAACCAGAGCCCUCAGUAACCAACAGUAAACCAGAGCCCUCAGUAACAAAGAGUAAACCAGAGCCCUCAGUAAACCAACAGUAAACCAGAGCCCUCAGUAACCAAACAGUAACACGAAGCCAGAGCCCUCAGUAACCAACAGUAAGCCAGAGCCCUCAGUAACCAACAGUGUCAGCCAGAGAGCCCUCAGUAACCAACAGUAAACCAGAGCCCUCAGUAACCAACAGUAAGCCAGAGCCCUCAGUAACAACAGUAACCAGAGCCUCAGUAACCAACAGUAAACCAGAGCCCUCAGUAACCAACAGUAAGCCAGAGCCCUCAGUAACCAACAGUAAGCUAGAGCCCUCAGUAACCAACAGUAAGCCAGAGCCACUCAGUAACCAACAGUAAGCCAGAGCCCUCAGUAACCAACAGUAAGCCAGAGCCCUCAGUUAACCAACAGUAAACCAGAGCCCUCAGUAACCAACAGUAAACCAGAGCCCUCAGUAACCAACAGUAAACCAGAGCCCUCAGUAACCAACAGUAAACCAGAGCCUCAGUAACCAGUAACCAACAGUAAGCCAGAGCCCUCAGUAACCAACAGUAACCAGAGCCCAUCAGUAACCAACAGUAAGCCAGAGCCCUCAGUAACCAACAGUAAACCAGAGCCCUCAGUAACCAACAGUAAGCCAGAGCCCUCAGUAACCAACAGUAAACCAGAGCCCUCAGUAACCAACAGUAAGCCAGAGCCCUCAGUAACCAACAGUAAGCCAGAGCCCUCAGUAACCAACAGUAAGCCAGAGCCCUCAGUAACCAACAGUAAGCCAGAGCCCUCAGUAACCAACAGUAAGCCAGAGCCCUCAGUAACCAAUAACAGUAAACCAGAGCCCUCAGUAACCAACAGUAAACCAGAGCCCUUCAGUAACCAACGGUAAACCUAAGAGCCCUCAGUAACCAACAGUAAAACCAGAGCCCUCAGUAACCAACCAGUAAACCAGAGCCCUCAGUAACCAACAGUAAACCAGAGCCCUCAGUAACCAACAGUAAGCCAGAGCCCACAGUACCAGAGCCCUCAGUAACCAACAGUAAGCCAGAGCCCUCAGUAACCAACAGUAAACCAGAGCCCUCAGUAACCACAGUAAGCCAGAGCCCUCAGUAACCAACAGUAAGCCAGAGCCCUCAGUAACCAACAGUAAACCAGAGCCCUCAGUAACCAACAGUAAGCCAGAGCCCUCAGUAACCAACAGUAAGCCAGAGCCCUCAGUAACCAACAGUAAGCCAGAGCCCUCAGUAACCAACAGUAAGCCAGAGCCCUCAGUAACCAACAGUAAGCCAGAGCCCUCAGUAACCAACAGUAAACCAGAGCCCUCAGUAACCAACAGGUAAACCAGAGCCUCAGUAACCAACAGUAAACCAGAGCCCUCAGUAACCAACAGUAAACCAGAGCCCUCAGUAACCAACAGUAAACCAGAGCCCUCAGUAACCAACAGUAAACCAGAGCCCUCAGUAACCAACAGUAAACCAGAGCCCUCAGUAACCAACAGUAAACCGAGCCUCAGUAACCAACAGUAAACCAGAGCCCUCAGUAACAAAGAGUAAACCAGAGCCCUCAGUAACUAACAGUAAACAGAGCCCUCAGUAACCAACAGUAAACCAGAGCCCUCAGUAACCAACAGUAAACCAGAGCCCUCAGUAACCAACAGUAAGCCAGAGCCCUCAGUAACAAAAGUAAACCAGAGCCCUCAGUAACCAACAGUAAACCAGAGCCCUCAGUAACCAACAGUAAACCAGAGCCCUCAGUAACCAACAGUAAGCCAGAGCCCUCAGUAACCAACAGUAAGCCAGAGCCCUCAGUAACCAACAGUAAACCAGAGCCCUCAGUAACCAACAGUAACCAGAGCCCUCAUAACCAACAGUAAACCAGAGCCCUCAGUAACCAACAGUAAACCAGAGCCCUCAGUAACCAACAGUAAACCAGAGCCCUCAGUAACCAACAGUAAACCAGAGCCUCAGUAACCAACAGUAAGCCAGAGCCCUCAGUAACUAACAGUAAGCCAGAGCCCUCAGUAACCAACAGUAAACCAGAGCCCUCAGUAACCAACAGUAAACCAGAGCCCUCAGUAACCAACAGUAAACCAGAGCCCUCAGUAACCAACAGUAAGCCAGAGCCCUCAUAACUAACAGUAAGCCAGAGCCCUCAGUAACCAACAGUAACCAGAGCCCUCAGUAACCAACAGUAAGCCAGAGCCCUCAGUAACCAACAGUAAGCCAGAGCCCUCAGUAACCAACAGAAACCAGAGCCUCAGUAACCAACAGUAAGCCAAAAGCCCUCAGUAACCAACAGUAAGCCAGAGCCCUCAGUAACCAACAGUAACCAGAGCCCUCAGUAACCAACAGUAAGCCAGAGCCCUCAGUAACCAACAGUAAACCAGAGCCCUCAGUAACCAACAGUAAACCAGAGCCCUCAGUAACCAACAGUAAACCAGAGCCCUCAGUAACCAACAGUAAACCAGAGCCCUCAGUAACCAACAGGUAAGCCAGAGCCCUCAGUAACCAACAGUAAGCUAGAGCCCUCAGUAACCAACAGUAAACCAGAGCCCUCAGUAACCAACAGUAAGCCAGAGCCCUCAGUAACCAACAGUAAGCCAGAGCCAUCAGUAACCAACAGUAAACCAGAGCCCUCAGUAACCAACAGUAAGCCAGAGCCCUCAGUAACCAACAGUAAGCUAGAGCCCUCAGAACCAACAGUAAGCCAGAGCCCUCAGUAACCAACAGUAAGCCAGAGCCCUCAGUAACAACAGUAAGACCAGAGCCCUCAGUAACCAACAGUAAACCAGAGCCCUCAGUAACCAACAGUAAACCAGAGCCCUCAGUAACCAACAGUAAACCAGAGCCCUCAGUAACCACAGUAACCAGAGCUCAGUAACCAACGUAACCGAGCCCUCAGUAACCAACAGUAAACCAGAGCCCUCAGUAACCAACAGUAAACCAGAGCCCUCAGUAACCAACAGUAACCAGAGCCCUCAGUAACCAACAGUAAACCAGAGCCUCAGUACAACGUAACAGGCUCAUAAAACAGUAAACCAGAGCCCUCAGUAACCAACAGUAAACCAGAGCCCUCAGUACAACAAGUAACGAGCCCUCAGUAACAACAGUAAACCAGAGCCCUCAGUAACCAACAGUAAACCAGAGCCCUCAGUAACCAACAGUAACCAGAGCCCUCAGUAACCAACAGUAACCAGAGCCCUCAGUAACCAACAGUAACCAGAGCCCUCAGUAACCAACAGUAAACAGAGCCCUCAGUAACCAACAGUAAACCAGAGCCCUCAGUAACCAACAGUAACAGAGCCCUCAGUAACCAACAGUAAGCCAGAGCCCUCAGUAACCAACAGUAAACCAGAGCCCUCAGUAACCAACAGUAAACCAGAGCCCUCAGUAACCAACAGUAAGCCAGAGCCCUCAGUAACCAACAGUAAACCAGAGCCCUCAGUAACCAACAGUAAACCAGAGCCCUCAGUAACCAACAGUAAACCAGAGCCCUCAGUAACCAACAGUAAACCAGAGCCCUCAGUAACCAACAGUAAGCCAGAGCCCUCAGUAACCUAACAGUAAGCCAGAGCCUCAGUUAACCAACAGUAAACCAGAGCCCUCAGUAACCAAACAGUAAACCAGAGCCCUCAGUAACCAACAGUUAAACCAGAGCCCUCAGUAACCAACAGUAAGCCAGAGCCCUCAGUAACCUAACAGUAAACCAGAGCCCUCAGUAACCAACAGUAAAACCAGAGCCCUCAGUAACCAACAGUAAGCCAGAGCCCUCAGUAACCAACAGUAAGCUAGAGCCCUCAGUAACCAACAGUAAGCCAGAGCCUCAGUAACCAACAGUAAGCCAGAGCCCUCAGUAACCAACCAGUAAGCCAGAGCCCUCAGUAACCAACCAGUAAACCAGAGCCCUCAGUAACCAACAGUAAACCAGAGCCCUCAGUAACCAACAGUAAACCAGAGCCCUCAGUAACCAACAGUAAACCAGAGCCCUCAGUAACCAACAGUAAACCAGAGCCCUCAGUAACCAACAGUAAGCCAGAGCCCUCAGUAACCAACAGUUAAGCCAGAGCCCUCAGUAACCAACAGUAAACCAGAGCCCUCAGUAACCAACAGUAAGCCAGAGCCCUCAGUAACCAACAGUAAACCAGAGCCAUCAGUAACCAACAGUAAACCAGAGCCCUCAGUAACCAACAGUAAGCCAGAGCCCUCAGUAACCAACAGUAAGCUAGAGCCCUCAGGAACCAACAGUAAGCCAGAGCCCACAGUAACCAACAGUAAGCCAGAGCCCUCAGUAACCAACAGUAAGCCAGAGCCCACAGUAACCAACAGUAAGCCAGAGCCCUCAGUAACCAACAGUAAACCAGAGCCCUCAGUAACCAACGGUAAGCCAGAGCCCUCAGUAACCAACGGUAAGCUAGAGCCCUCAGUAACCAACAGUAAACCAGAGCCCACAGUAACCAACAGUAAGCCAGAGCCCUCAGUAACCAACAGUAAACCAGAGCCCACAGUAACCCAACAGUAAGCCAGAGCCCUCAGUAACCAACAGUAAACCAGAGCCCUCAGUAACCAACGGUAAGCCAGAGCCCUCAGUAACCAACGGUAAGCUAGAGCCCUCAGUAACCAACAGUAAACCAGAGCCCUCAGUAACCAACAGUAAACCAGAGCCCUCAGUAACCAACAGUAAACCAGAGCCCUCAGUAACCAACAGUAAACCAGAGCCCUCAGUAACCAACGGUAAGCCAGAGCCCUCAGUAACCAACGGUAAGCUCAGAGCCCUCAGUAACCAACAGUAAACCAGAGCCCUCAGUAACCAACAGUAAGCCAGAGCCCUCAGUAACCAACAGUAAGCCAGAGCCCUCAGUAACCAACAGUAAACCAGAGCCCUCAGUAACCAACAGUAAACCAGAGCCCUCAGUAACCAACAGUAAACCAGAGCCCUCAGUAACCAACAGUAAGCUAGAGCCCUCAGUAACCAACAGUAAGCCAGAGCCCUCAGUAACCAACAGUAAACCAGAGCCCUCAGUAACAAACAGUAAACCAGAGCCCUCAGUAACAACAGUAAACCAGAGCCCUCAGUAACCAACAGUAACCAGAGCCCUCAGUAACAACAGUAACCAGAGCCUCAGUAACCAACAGUAAACCAGAGCCCUCAGUAACCAACAGUAAACCAGAGCCCUCAGUAACCAACAGUAAGCCAGAGCCCUCAGUAACCAACAGUAACCAGAGCCCUCAGUAACCAACAGUAAACAGAGCCCUCAGUAACAACAGUAAGCCAGAGCCCUCAGUAACCAACAGUAAACCAGAGCCCUCAGUAACCAACAGUAACCAGAGCCCUCAGUAACCAACAGUAAGCCAGAGCCCUCAGUAACCAACAGUAAACCAGAGCCCUCAGUAACCAACAGUAAACCAGAGCCCUCAGUAACCAACAGUAAACCAGAGCCCUCAGUAACCAACAGUAAGCCAGAGCCCUCAGUAACCAACAGUAAGCCAGAGCCUCAGUAACCAACAGUAAACCAGAGCCCUCAGUAACCAACAGUAAGCCAGAGCCCUCAGUAACCAACAGUAAACCAGAGCCUCAGUAACCAACAGUAAACCAGAGCCCUCAGUAACCAACAGUAAGCCAGAGCCCUCAGUAACCAACAGUAAGCUAGAGCCCUCAGUAACCAACAGUAAGCCAGAGCCCUCAGUAACCAACAGUAAGCCAGAGCCCUCAGUAACCAACAGUAAGCCAGAGCCCUCAGUAACCAACAGUAAACCAGAGCCCUCAGUAACCAACAGUAAACCAGAGCCCUCAGUAACCAACAGUAAACCAGACCCCUCAGUAACCAACAGUAAACCAGAGUCCUCAGUAACCAACAGUAAACCAGAGCCCUCAGUAACCAACAGUAAGCCAGAGCCCACAGUAACCAACAGUAAACCAGAGCCCUCAGUAACCAACAGUAAGCCAGAGCCCUCAGUAACCAACAGUAAACCAGAGCCCUCAGUAACCAACAGUAAGCCAGAGCCCUCAGUAACUAACAGUAAACCAGAGCCCUCAGUAACCAACAGUAAGCCAGAGCCCUCAGUAACCAACAGUAAGCCAGAGCCCUCAGUAACCAACAGUAAACCAGAGCCCUCAGUAACCAACAGUAAACCAGAGCCCUCAGUAACCAACAGUAAGCCAGAGCCGUCAGUAACCAACAGUAAACCAGAGCCCUCAGUAACAAACAGUAAACCAGAGUCCUCAGUAACCAACAGUAAACCAGAGCCCUCAGUAACCAACAGUAAACCAGAGCCCUCAGUAACCAACAGUAAACCAGAGCCCUCAGUAACCAACAGUAAACCAGAGCCCUCAGUAACCAACAGUAAACCAGAGCCCUCAGUAACCAACAGUGAACCAGAGCCAUCAGUAACCAACAGUAAACCAGAGCCCUCAGUAACUAACAGUAAACCAGAGCCCUCAGUAACCAACAGUAAGCCAGAGCCCUCAGUAACCAACAGUAAGCUAGAGCCCUCAGUAACCAACAGUAAGCCAGAGCCCUCAGUAACCAAUGGUAAACCAGAGAGAUGA